GUGCUACACUAAUCCAGUCCUGGUGUUGGUUUGGGGUGUGGUCGCAAUCGUUCCAUUCUUGGCUCCAAGUUGGCUACUCGAGUAUGUAGCUUCUGCCUUAUAUCACGUCACUCCGCAUUCCGACUCCAGAACUGCACGCACGCUCAACGACCCAACCUUUUGCAACUCCAGCAAUCACAUCCGCCGCUUCAUUCUCGUCAGGAACCCUCGCGACAAGCAGAAUUGCUGGACAGCCUUGGCCGAGAUGGCGGACUCGAACGCUCCCAAACCAAGCAGCAGCGUCAAGCUAGUGCUCCUCGGUGAAGCUGCCGUCGGAAAGUCUUCCCUCGUUCUUCGAUUCGUCAAUAACGACUUUCAAGAGAACAAGGAGCCGACAAUAGGAGCCGCCUUUUUAACACAGAAAUGCAACCUACCGACGCGAACCAUCAAGUUUGAGAUAUGGGAUACUGCAGGCCAGGAGCGGUUUGCAUCCCUCGCACCCAUGUACUACCGCAACGCGCAAGCCGCCCUGGUGGUCUACGACCUGACGAAACCGACAUCCUUGAUCAAGGCUAAGCACUGGGUUGCUGAGCUACAACGCCAGGCCUCCCCAGGCAUCGUCAUUGCGCUGGUCGGCAACAAGCUCGAUCUCGCGGACGACGGAGCCGGGAGCGGCGGCGAUGCGGAGGAUGCCGGGGGCGAGGAGUCGGGCAAUGCGAGGAAGAUCUCCACCGAGGAGGCCAAGACGUAUGCGGAGGAAGAGGGGCUGCUGUUCUUCGAGACCAGCGCAAAGACGGGCUAUAAUGUCACCGAGGUGUUUACGGCGAUUGCCAACGCCAUUCCGGAAACCUCGUUGAAGACGGCCCGUGGGCCGGGCGCGUCGCAUGCGGCUGCCAGGACAGAGGAACAGAGGGUGAACCUCAACGGGCCACGGGAUCCCAACGCGAAGGAGGGCUGUGCUUGCUGAUGCUGGGAAAGGGGUCCGGCCGAGGGAGAGAUGCGUUCUCGUUUCCGCAUCUGUACAAGGGUUCAUCAAGGAGUGGUUGGUCAUACGGGGCAGGUCAAUCAGGAGCAACUAGUGCUUUCAGUCUUUCUUCCUUGUUAUGUUUAUAAUGUUUUUCCCUCGUCAACCCGAGUCGGAAGCCAAUGGGGCUUCGUCAGUUGCUAAUCACAGGCCUGUCUGCCAGUCUUUGAUAGCGUAUGGAACACCUCUUGCAAUAUUAAUUGUUCGUCGCCCG